GGGACGUGCCGGGGCAGAGCGGGGAGCGCCAUGGCCGAGCGGCUGUCGGAGGAGAAGAUCGCCGAGUUCAAGGAGGCCUUUUCCCUCUUCGACCGGGACGGCGACGGCUCCAUCACCACGCGGGAGCUCGGCACCGUCAUGCGCUCGCUGGGCCAGAACCCCACCGAGGCCGAGCUGCGGGACAUGGUGGGCGAGGUGGACGCCGACGGCAGCGGCACCGUCGACUUCCCGGAGUUCCUGUCGCUGAUGGCCAGGAGGAUGCGGGACACGGACGGCGAGGAGGAGAUCCGGGAGGCCUUCCGGGUCUUCGACAAGGACGGCAACGGCUACAUCAGCGCGGCCGAGCUGCGGCACGUCAUGACCAACCUGGGCGAGAAGCUGACGGACGAGGAGGUGGACGAGAUGAUCCGCGAGGCCGACUGCAACAACGACGGGCAGGUCAACUACGAGGAGUUCGUCAGGAUGAUGACGGAGAAGUGACUCC